AUGGCGGACGACCGCAAUGAACUCGUUGAGAAUGUGGUACGCAUGCAGCUUUCAAGCCCGAACUUUGCAGAGUACUGUGUAGCACACGUCACUGAUCCCAAACACCGAUUUCUUUUUAUAGAUGACAACAACAACACAGAGAGACGUCUGUACGUUCGUCUAUUGCAGGAACAACAACAACAUGUAAACAAGAAUAGCCAUACAGCACCCCUGCAGACGGCAGGGGGUUUAUUGGCAGAUCAGAAUAAUAAUAAUAAUAAUAAUAAUAAUAAUAAUAAUAAUAAUAAUAAAACUGCCAUGUUGUGGUCAUCGUUACUUGAUUACUUCGCAUCGCCUAAUGGCGUGCACGGUCCACACAUGCCGCACAUGUUCCGCAGCGAGCGGGAUCUCACCGCCUUUCUGGAGAUGCUGCAGCUCGUUGAACACAGUCCCGACUGCAGAGAGCGGGUCGUGCAGUACAUGAUGCAGCGACUGCCCAUGACAGAGACAUUUCUGUAUACAUUGUGGUAUCUCUGCGAUGCGCAGGUGCACACCGCGGGGAAAUCAAAACAAAUACGGAAUGUGAAGGAUAUUCCUUUGGGCUCUAAUAACCUUCCACCUACAAAUAGCACCACCGCUGACACGAGUGAAUUACCCAAUCCUCAUACAAAUAAUAAUAAUAAUAAUAAUAAUAAUAAUAAUAAUAAUAAUAAUUCCUGUGGAAGUACAGCCACGACCGGUGAUGAUAAGGCGCUGCAGUCGGCGGCGACGUUUUUAUUUCUGGCGAAUGCGCUGCUGCUCGAGCACGAGGCGGUGGAGCGGCCGGGGCGAUAUCGGGCCGUAUUUAAUGCGUACAUCCCCCGCAUGGUCGAACUUCUCGCCGGCACCGCCCCGCGGUCAUCGCAGGUGGCGCUUUAUGUGCAGAAGGCCGUCAACGUGUGGGCCAUAGACGGCACCUUCACCGGCGACACCCUGCAGCGCAUGCAAACAGCCGUGGGAUAG